CCUCCCUCUUCCCAGCUCCGGCUUGGCCACUAGCUCCGGCCUCGGCUCCCCUUCCCGGGCCCCCUCCCUGGAGCCGACCCCACCGACGGCCCCUCUCCCACCCCAGCCCAGCCACCGGCCAGCACCGUAGCCCCGGGGGGCCAUCCCCCGCCAGCCUGCCUCCCUCCAGCGCAGCCCUGCCAGAGCGCCCCCGACCAUGAAUCUCUUCCGAUUUCUGGGGGACCUCUCCCACCUCUUGGCCAUCAUCUUGCUACUGCUCAAAAUAUGGAAGUCCCGCUCCUGUGCUGGGAUUUCUGGGAAGAGCCAGGUCUUGUUUGCUGUGGUCUUCACUGCCCGCUACCUGGAUCUCUUCACCAACUACAUCUCUCUCUAUAACACGUGCAUGAAGGUGGUCUACAUUGCCUGCUCCUUCACCACCGUCUGGAUGAUUUAUAGCAAGUUCAAAGCCACUUAUGAUGGGAACCACGACACGUUCCGGGUGGAGUUUCUCGUUGUCCCCACAGCUGUCCUGGCAUUCUUGGUCAACCACGACUUCACCCCUCUGGAGAUUCUCUGGACCUUCUCCAUCUACCUGGAGUCGGUGGCCAUCCUGCCACAGCUGUUCAUGGUGAGCAAGACGGGCGAGGCGGAGACCAUCACGAGCCACUACCUGUUUGCUCUGGGCGUCUACCGCACCCUCUAUCUCUUCAACUGGAUCUGGCGCUACCACUUCGAGGGUUUCUUCGACCUCAUCGCCAUCGUUGCGGGCCUGGUUCAGACAGUCCUCUACUGUGAUUUCUUCUACCUCUACAUCACCAAAGUCCUAAAAGGGAAGAAGCUGAGUUUGCCAGCCUAG